AUGGAGAGGUUUUCCCGAAUGAACUGUGGAAAUGACAGUGCUCUCAGCCUGAUGCUCUUGCAAUGCACAUCAUUUAAACUGAAGUCUCUCUGUGUUUUAUUGCUCAGAGUGAGCCGGCAAUCCUGUGAAGAUGGCCCGCUGCUGGAGGAACAGGAGACGGAGGGCCAGCGGCAGCUACACAGCCUCCUGCUGCAGCAGCUCCACACUGACGUCGACAUCGACCGUUGUGUAGCCAAGAAGCAGUGCUUCGCCCCAGCGGCACUCUAUCGUCCGUUUGGGCAGCAGGCGGCCGGAGUGAAGACCUUGUCCCAGUUCCAGGCCCUGCAGGAUGGGGAGCAGGAGCUGGCCAGUCUGCGGGAGCUGGGCCUCACCGACACUGAGAUCCAGCUGUGGCAGAGCAGAGACGCACCAGAUGUAGCAGAGCAGUCCCACGGGGUGUGUGUAGCUCCUGGGGUGAAGCAGCAGCGUUUGCAGGUGAUCAGAGACAAGAUUGAAGCCAGGGCGGAGCUCCUGUCCCGCCCACAGCGCUUCGCUGCCAGUCGCGCACUGUCAAGACGUGAGAUGGAGAUCGAACAAGCGUUGUUCCAGGGAACCGAUCGCCUGGGUUUCCUCACCGCACUUUACCAUCGAGAUGAAGAUCACCAGGAGGGCCAGCAGGGGGCCUCGUCCUCUGAUCCAAUGAGCUCUCUCUACAGUGACAUUCUCUGUGAGAGGAAACCACAAGUGUCACCACAGGAACCUGAGCGAAACCCUGCUGGAGCAUCACACUUUUCUAGAUCUGAAACUGCAUCUAACCAAAACUCACAGAAAGAUAACAACCAAGAAGCAUCUGAGUAUCAGUCAGAGCUGGAGGGUGAAAAAAGUAGUUCAUCAAGUCAGCUAGAAUCAGAAAGCACAGAGCAGCAGGAUGAACCAGGGAAACCACAACUGGCUGCUCCAGUAAAGAUACAUAUAAGCCAGCCGAUUGGCAGUCUGUGCGGGGCGGUGAAGGUGGGGUCAGGUGCACCCCUGACUGUCAGAGGGGAGAUUGAGACUGUUUCAGAUGAAGAAAUCCUUAAGAACCGUGAAUCUGAGGAAGGAAUCCGGAGCAUCCCGAGGUUCCGAAACUACCAGCCAGGAACACCAUCCAAGGUUUUGUGUGUGAGAAACCUGAGUGCACAGGCAUCAGUGGCCCAGCUGGUGGCGCUGUUUUCCAGGUUUGAGCAGGAAAACAGGCCUGCUGUUAUUUAUCGCCUGCUGACUGGAAGGAUGAGAGGUCAGGCUUUCAUCACUCUGCCAGAUGCUGAAACAGCCCAGAAAGCCUUGCAGUUGGUCCAUGGAUACCGGUUGCUAGGGAAACCUUUGGUGGUUGAGUUUGGCCGUGAGCGUCAGGAAGAAGAGAAACAGAAGGAGGAAGUGCAGGAGGAGAAAAAUAGAAAAAAAGCACAAAGGGGGUUUAUUCCAGACAACAAUACACAUGCCCCAAACUUGUAAAUAACAGGCUCAGGUACAUUUUAUUGUAUAUUAUUUAUUUUCUUCCUGUGGUC